UAGCACUCGGGGGGUGGGUUCUUCGGGGCUCGUGCACACCGGAGACUUUACGUUUUCUCCAGUUGUUCUUUUUUUUUUUUUUUUCCUUCCCUGGAGGAAGAGUUUUAAAAAGUUGAUGUGGGGCGUUCGCGGAGUCAGUGUGACUCCCGGGCCGAGGAAAGGAAAGGAGGAGAGAGAGGCUCUUAGGGUCUUACACACAGACUCGCGCAUCUGACUUAUCUGCACACAAGAUAAUGAAGCCCGCGCUUCAACUCAUCAUCAUCAUCAUCAUCAUCCUCUUUACCCUGCUGUUCCACAGCCCUUUUACCAGUGGAACUCCAUCACGGUACAGCUUGUUUCAGGGCGCUGCUUACUCCUCCGGCACCGCUCACAAACACGGCAGCAAGAACUGGUGCGCGCACGUCGUGCACAGGAACGUCACGUGCGCCGUGCUGGGCGCCACCGAGAGCUUCGUGGAGCCGGAGCUCGCGCCCUGCCCCGCGCGCUGGCCCGACUGCGCGCGCCCGGUGAUGUACCGGACACGCUUCCGACCCACAUACAAGAUUGGGUACAAGAUGGUUACAGAACUGGAAUGGCGAUGCUGUCCAGGACACCAGGGUCCAGACUGCAAGGAGCUGAAAGACAGCCCGCCCAGGCAGGCACCGCCAGCAUCCCACUCACCCCCUCCCAGCCUGGGGCAGGUGGAACAAGUGCAGAGGCCAGAGGUAAGGGAGACAGGGUUUCAUGGCCAGCAGCCACAGGGUGGAGAUAGAGUACAUUACCUGGAGGAUGAAGUACAGCGUCUUUCCCAGACUGUGCUAGACCUGCAGGCGGCCAUGACGGGCAUGACCGAGAACCUACGGGUCACAAUCCAGGAGGACACUAGCAAGAUGCUUGUGAAGCUUAUCAGUGACCUUCGUCUGUCUGACACAUUGCUUACCGGCGCCACUGAAAGCAUUAAAUUACCGACCCAAGGGCCUGGAGGGGGGCCUGGGGAAAUGGAAGAAAUGAGGACAAAGCUCAGUGAUGUGACAGCUGACCUGAAGAGUAAGAGUGAGGCCCUGGAGGAGCUCCGGGUCACGGUGUCGACACACGAAGGUCAACUACGGCUUCUUAUGGAGGCUAACCACGAGCCUUUGGAAAUUGCUCCGGCUCCUACUCCACCAUCUCAGGAAGCUCUCCUAGCCUACACUGACGACAAGCUCAAAGAGAUAAGAGAGGAGCUAAUGGAGGGUAUGGAGAUAAAAAUGGCUGACAUGAAGAACUCCUGUGAGUACAAGAUCUUGUCUGUGCAGGAGGAGUGCGAGGAGCAUGAGACCAGCUAUCUCAGCUUGGCUGAGCUUCUUGACUCUAAGGAGGCUGACCUUAGGAAGGAGAUCCAUGACCUCCGGCUUGACCUAAGUGAGGUUCAGACCAAAGCCCUAUCUAUUACAGAUGAGCGACCAUCAGAUAUAAGGGACCUCCAAAAGGAGGUGGAGAGGAUAGCAGAAGCCCAUCAGGCUCUCAAUGCUAGGUUGGAUGGUGAGAUGGAACACCGGUCCGCACCACUGGAAGUGGAUGGUUUUUUCAGUGAACGUCUGGAGGAUCUAAAGGCCCGGCUCAACAUAAGCGAAAGAAACGCAGAGGUGCACUGUUUUUACGUAGAGGAGAAGUUAAGUCAAAUUAUUACAGAGGAGGUGGCCAUGCUUCGGGAGCUGUUCUCUGUGAGACUUGGUGCUAUGGAGGGCCAACUCACCACUGUGCUACGUCAGAUGAACAACAGCUCCUUCUCUGGGGUGAUAAGUCAGAAAGUGGAAGGUUUACAGAAUGAGAUGGAAUCCAACAAGCUUCUUGUCCAGGGUUUGGAAGAGCGGUUGAACGCCCUGAGUCAGUCAUGUGCUGUGAAGUGCAAGUCAGAAACAGGAGAUGCAGAUAAAGUUGCACAGGAUCUCCAUAUUUACAAAGGCAACCUGGAUAUGAUACAGUCUUAUGUAGAAAGCAACUCUGACGAGCUCAUAAAACUAAAGGAAAUUAUCAGGAGGCAGCUGCAGACUAGUCAGCAUAACAGCAACCAACUUGCCAAUGUUCAGGGUGAGUUUGGCUCCUUUAGGGUUGAAUUUGGGGUUCUCCAGGGCAUCGUCAGUUACUUGGGUGAUACACUGAGCAGCUACUGGCUUGGCCUCCAGCAGGUCAACUCCACCUGUGGCCAGACUGGAGCCAGCGAACUGCGGGAGCUGCUGGACAGGCACGUAUCCCAGGUGGCCGUCAACAGGAGCGACGUGGAAAAGAUGGAGGACCGACUAGAGCAGGUAGUCAGUCAGCUCAUGACAGAGCUGGACCAGUGCAGGGAGACCACCGAGAGGACCCGCAAGGAAGUCUCUGGAGUGGGUAGCCGGGUUGCUAACAUGGAAGCCGUGUGCGGCAAGCUGGAUGGUGUUGCUGGCAGCCUGCAGAGGAUCAAGGAGGGCCUGAACAGACAUGUAACCAAGCUGUGGAUAUGCGUCCACCAGAUCAACAGCACUCUGAGGACCCAUUCCAGGGAUAUCAGUGGUCUUAGGGGUUCCUUCCAGAAAGUCCAGACCCAACUCCCUCAAAUCAGCAAAGGACAACAAGAUCUGGAAGCCAAACCAGCCUCCAGCCCAACUGCUAAUGCGGAGGAGCGGAGCCCUACUUCAGGAACCGAACCUGUCCUGCCCCAGCAGCCCGUCCUGGAGACGGGGGAGGCGGGGCCCCCGGGUACCAUUCGCCUCUCGAGCCCCAGGCUUCCCGACAGCGACGGCAGCGCGACGACCCUCAAAGGCUUCGCUGGGGCGCCAGGUCACCUCUCUCUUACGCCGGUGUCUUUUCAGCCGAACAUCAUUCCAGGAGUCCACACGCGCCAGACGACAGCGGCACGCAGUCACGUGACUCCAGGGGCGGAGCUAUCCUUCUCAGCCGGCCUCACGGCGCUGCCCGUCUCCUGGGAGACCGGCUUAAUCCGCUUCAACAAGGUGCUGGUGAACGACGGCGGUCACUACAGCCCCCACACAGGAAUCUUCACUGUACCGGUAGAUGGACGCUACCUGCUCAGUGCGGUGCUUACGGCGGAGCGGGGCGAGCGCGUCGAGGCCGUGCUCUCUGUAUCUAAUCACAGCGUCCAGAGGUUGGUCACCGCAGGCUACUGGCCCGACCGGGAUCGGCGCUGCUUCUGCGGAGGCUCCGCCUCUUUCAGCCUUGUUCUGGCCCUGGGGCGAGGCGACAGGGUGGGCCUGGUCAUGACCGCCGGGAAGCUGGAGCUUUCAGACUCAAGCGCAUCUCCCUCCUCCUUCAGCGCCCUGUUCCUCUACCCACCUCCGCCCACCAGAUAGCCCCGCAACCAAAGAUUGGAGGCAAGAACACAAUGCAACUUUAUCUUACGGAGCUUUAAUAUAUUUGGUUUUAGUCUAGGUGUGGGAUUUUUUUUUUAACAUUUGGCAAAAAGUCAUGUUUAUGAAAAACAAUUUUCAGUGUUCUGUGGUCUUUGAGAUUAUUGUAAGCUGCCUCUUUGGAGGACCUACUGUACUUGGAAAAAUGCUGUACCUUCUCCUAGGGGCAUUUCCUGAGAAGCCACUGGUGGGAUGGUGUUGUGCUACUCAUCCAUCUCCUCACCUCGCUCCAUGGGCACCCCACUUUGAGUUCUUAGAAGCGCUUGUUUAUUAUUGCACCACUGAGUCUGGCAAAAGGUCUUCAUACGCUGCAGCAUCGCUUGCAGUUUAACUAUUUCAGCUGUUUUAACUUCAACGAAGUACCUUUUCAUCCUUGAAAAGUCGAGUAAAACGGGAACAAAUUUUUUGAAUCCAUUCCUGUGUGUGAUAUACCUUGAUGCCCCCAUCUUUGUUUUGCCAAAGGCAAAUUAAUGUUUACUAAGCUACUUGGAACAAUUUACCUGUUUAUAUAGAAGUGGGUUAUUUCUACUGAAGAAAUUUCAGGGUAAGGGCCUUAAGGAAAGAGCAGAAGGAGCAUGGAUUCAAAGCCUGGAGUUUUAUAGGGCAGAGCUUUUACAUGACAAAUGGCUCCCAGUGAGAUAACGGUUCCUUUGCUCACAGAAGUUUUGGGAAGUUUAACUAGUAUGGAAAUAAAUAUCAAUCCUGAAUUGAUUUGCUCUGGUAUGAAUUUACUGUCAGCUGGUCAGUAAUACAAAGCAGCAGCAAUGUUGGCAACAAUUGGUCAUUUUAAUUAUAGAUCUUUGUGUAAAUCAACACCACUGUUGAUGUACAAAUUAAUGGCAGGUACAAAGCAAUCAAUUGGCAAACAUGUUAAACUGAACAAAAGUUUCCUUACCCUAAACUAAUGUAAGUAAGGUGGCAUUUAAGGUUGGGGGGCAGGGCUGUCAAAGACAUUGUGCUACUGUGCAACUACAUUAAUAUUCAUAUCCAGACAUGAUUUCACCAUGUUUUAAGACAAGUGUGUUCCUUUCACACAAAUUGAUUACUUUCAUAGAAAGAACAGAAUCACUUAUUACAUAGAAAUGCUGUUAAACUAUAUGACCCCCCCAGGAUCCUCCAACACUGACUGAAGGGGUGUUUCAAAAACACAGAACAGGAAACAUUACAAAGCAUUCAGAUAAUACAAAGACACUGCCUGGGGCUGUUCUUCCAUGAGGCACCACACACACCCACCCCAACACAACUGAGAUCAAAGAAUGUUGGUCAGCAAGGGGAAAAAAAUUGAUUGUGCUUAAUCAGUGUGUUCAUAUGUACACUCUGUAUGAUUGUGUGUACGCGCGCAGCAGACCACCACAAAGCCACGGCAUGACAGGACCGUUUGUGCUCGUUUACAUUGCGUUGGUCUCUUCAUCCUUCCGCAGAAGGGAAAGAGUGCAAAAGAACGCAUCGCUUGAGGGGAAACGGCGGCUGCGCUCCAUCCACACAGUAAGGCAUCACAAAGUCAUCUAGAAGUCCAAACACAAAUAUGUGUCCAUAUAUGGACAUUGUUUCCCAAGUGCUUGAAUUGAUUGCGUGUUUGCAGAACACUUGUAAACACUUUCACAACACUUACAUGAUCAAAUGUACAUAUGAUUUCUACCAAUUAAUAGUUCCAGGUCAACAACUAUGUAAAGCCCAGUAGACAGCUGGAUGGAAUUCCAGUUUCCUUUCAACACCAGCUGUGCAGAAGCCCUCCUGCAAAACACUCCCUGAUACCGUGUGAGCACGCAACGAAAAGCCACGGGGUCUAAGUGCAAAUAAUUCCAAAUCAACAACAGUUCAUCUCUUGAAGAGAGAAUUAUUUCAACUCGAGCACCUCCCCACCCCAUCUCCAGGUAGGGAAGAGAACCAAAGCAAAAGUCCUGGCAUGUUGGACCAUCUCCUUCAAAAAAAAAAAAAAAAAAAAAAAAAAGCCAAAAGCAGCUUCUUAGGAAAAGUGCUCUUUUCAAAACUAUCAGAUACACAGUAAAGCCACGAGAUCUUGUCUCGGUGACACUCCAGGUCUGUCCUCUUCUCUUCGGGA